GUGCUCGCUAGAGCUGCCGCCGCUGCAGCCGUCGCCGCCGCCGCCGCUGCUUUUGCAGCAGCCCGAGCAUCCCGGAGUCGCUGCCGCUGCCGCCGCUACCGCCACCAGCGCUGCUUCCUCUGCUACCACCUCCCCUCUCAGGACCCGAGACACCGGAGCACGAGCGGCGGCUGCUGCUUGCUUGCUCCCCCUCUCCUUCCCGCCCCUCCCCUCCGUGACCUACGCACUCCUUGCAGCCCUCACCGCACCUUCUCCGACACCCCGGCAUCCCUGCACCACCUGCUCGGGCACCCUCGGCGGGGCUCUGGGACUUGCUGUGCGCGCCGAGAGGAAGGCAAGCCCCGAACCCGUGCCUGCCAGACCGGCUGUCGCGGCUGCACCACCAGCAGGAGGAGGAGGAGGAGGAGGAGAAGAAACUAUUUCGCCCACCGAAAGCCCAUUCUGCGAGUGCUUGGCCGCUGACGCUUUUGCUGCCGCCGCUCCGCGUCCGUGGGUUCGAACACCGCAGCGGCUGGGCGGGUGGGUCCGGCGGGCGCCGCAAGAAGACACCCGCGGAGCCCUGCACUCGUGUGCCCCGCUCACCAGCAUCUCCUAGCCCCCUCAUUCCUCCCCCAGCCCUUUAGAGAAGGGACCAUGAUUUGGAAACGCAGCGCCGUUCUCCGCUUCUACAGUGUCUGCGGGCUCCUGCUUCAAGCGGCUGCUUCCAAGAAUAAAGCUAAAGGAAGCCAAGGGCAGUUUCCACUAACACAGAAUGUAACAGUUGUUGAAGGCGGAACUGCAAUUUUAACCUGCAGGGUUGAGCAAAAUGAUAACACCUCCCUCCAGUGGUCAAAUCCAGCUCAACAGACGCUGUACUUUGAUGACAAGAAAGCUUUAAGGGACAAUAGGAUCGAGCUGGUUCGGGCUUCCUGGCAUGAAUUGAGCAUCAGCGUCAGUGACGUGUCUCUCUCUGAUGAAGGACAGUACACCUGUUCUUUAUUUACCAUGCCUGUCAAAACUUCCAAGGCCUAUCUCACUGUUCUGGGGGUUCCUGAGAAGCCUCAAAUUAGUGGAUUUUCAUCACCAGUUAUGGAGGGAGACUUGAUGCAACUGACUUGUAAAACAUCUGGUAGUAAACCUGCAGCUGAUAUAAGAUGGUUUAAAAAUGACAAAGAGAUUAAAGAUGUAAAAUAUUUAAAAGAAGAGGAUGCAAAUCGCAAGACAUUUACUGUCAGCAGCACACUGGACUUCCGAGUGGACCGGAGCGACGAUGGAGUGGCCAUCGUCUGCAGAGUAGACCAUGAAUCCCUCAAUGCCACCCCUCAGGUAGCCAUGCAGGUGCUCGAAAUACACUAUACACCAUCAGUUAAGAUUAUACCAUCCACUCCUUUUCCACAAGAAGGACAGCCUUUAAUUUUGACUUGUGAAUCCAAAGGAAAACCACUGCCAGAACCUGUUUUGUGGACAAAGGAUGGAGGAGAAUUACCAGAUCCUGACCGAAUGGUUGUGAGUGGUAGGGAAUUAAACAUUCUUUUCUUGAACAAAACGGAUAAUGGUACAUAUCGAUGUGAAGCCACAAACACCAUUGGCCAAAGCAGCGCAGAGUAUGUUCUCAUUGUACAUGAUCCCAACGCUCUGGCUGGCCAGCCUGGCCCUGACCAUGCUCUUAUAGGAGGGAUAGUGGCUGUAGUUGUAUUUGUUACGCUGUGUUCUAUAUUCCUGCUUGGUCGAUAUCUGGCAAGACAUAAAGGAACAUAUUUAACAAAUGAAGCUAAAGGAGCUGAAGAUGCACCGGAUGCUGACACAGCCAUUAUCAAUGCCGAAGGCAGCCAAGUCAAUGCCGAAGAGAAAAAAGAGUAUUUCAUUUAAAUGCAGGCCGGGAUUCUGAGUUUUACUGACCAGGCUGGCUGCUGGAGAAAACUGGCUAUCAUCUUUCGGAAUUCAUUUCUACCAUCUUCUGCUACCUUUAUUAACUCCCAUACUGUACUGCUCUCAGUAGCCAGUGUAGACCAACAAUCAGCUGUCGAAAGCAUCAUUCUUUAAUUACCGUACCAUCCAUAAUGCAGGACAUUUCUUACUGCCUAAAUUUCACACCAUUGCUCUUUUAACAUACAGUGCUUGAAUAUACAGCCUUAACAAUGUUAAUCAUCUCCUUGGAUCAUAAUAUUGAAUUGCUUUUAUACAUUGAAAAAAUGUACGCGGGUUUUUUUUUUUUUUCUUCUCUCUCAUUUUUCCCUUUAAAUCAUAGACCUUAUCAGUUUGCUAUUGGAUAGCUUUUACAAAUAACAAGAUUAGGUGAAGACCUAAUGUGCUUAAGUUAAUAGAAGAUUAGAGGUUUACAAUGUUCUCCACAUGUCUGUCUUCAAAGACCACAUGUUUGGGAAACAUAUGCCCUAGAAAACACACACUAAAAACACUGGAGUGUAGUUCCUGGAAUGUUUGAGAUUACAAUGGUAAUACUGUAUCAAUGUGCUAUUUAAAAAUACAGUAUUUGAUACAGGAACCAUGUGUAUGGAUUGAAAUCUUGACAUAUAAUUAUUUAAAUCCUACCUACCACUAGUUUAAUGUAGUUUCAUUUACAAAUAAAUUGUUCCAAAUAUUUCACUGCUUUGGGAAUCACAAAAAUUUCAUUCAUUUUUUUCUAAUUUGAUUCUGUAAUUUAUUUGCUCUGUAACAACUCACCUGCCUACACAAAAUUGACGUAUUCAUAGGGCACAAUUUCAAGACAUUUUAGUAUCUGUAUAUAGUGCAUAUAAUAAAUCCAAUUAAACAUUAUUUGAUACAUAUUUAACUUUUUUGGCUGUAGGUAUUUCAGUCAUAAGUGAGCAUUUUCUAAUGUCCAUUAUAGCCCUUUAGAUAUUACUUAAACAAAUACUAUAAGUAGAUAACAUGUGUUAGUAUUUUUGUCUGUAUGUCCUAGCACUGUUCAACAACUUUUUCUAGUGCUUGUUAAUUUUUAUUUGUUAUACAAUGGAAGCACAAUGUUAUAAGGAAAGGUAAUUUUAAGCUAACAACCAGUGCACAGCCUCAGGUUUUAAAUUACAACCACAGUUGAAUAAUAACCUAAAAAUAAACUCUUCGUUUGCUACAAAUUUACAAAUUUUAAUUUGGCAGUUCCAGAGCUGCUUACCUAUGUUGAUUUGCCAAAAAGAAGUGUUAGAUAUGUUUUCUGUACAAAUGAACUAAUUCUUUAUAUUAAAUUCCUGUCUAUGCAUUUUGUGAGGUACAAACUUAUGAAACAGUGAGUGAUAGAAAAUUUCUGCCAUGCUUUUAACUCCAAGCUGAAAGUCUCUUUCUCUGAAUUAUUUCUGAAAUUUUGGAUUAUGUAACCAUUAAGAAAUGCUGUAUUCUUAAAUACAAGACAAAGUCAAUUUAAAGUCUUAUUAUUUCUUCUAGUAAGAUACGGUACUGCUAGAUUAGUUCUCAUGAAAUUUGUUACAUGCUAAAGAAUAAAAAAAACUAGUUAGAUAAAAUUAUUUUCCCAUUUGCAAACAUUGCACCUUUAAGGAGGAGACAAAUAUGACUAUAUGGUAGCUAUACUUGUGACGUCUGAAAGCAUGAUGGCCUAUGGUUUUAAAAAUAAUAUCUUGGAAUUUAUUUUUGGGGUAUGAGAAUGGUUGAGUAUGACAUCAUGUAUUAAUAUCAAAUGAAAGACAAGGGUGCUGUAUCUCAGAUUAUUUAUCAGAAAAGUAUAAAUCUUUUAAGGACAACGUUAGAAUUUUUAAAUUGUUUUUUUUUGUUGUUGAAGCAUUUAUCUUGUUGAUUUCUUACAAAGAAAAAGGACGAUGUCAGUCAAGCAGCACUUUUUCAGAAUAUACAGAACAUAAAUAAUAUGAUGUGGUUGAGUGUUAACAUAAUAAAUCAUAUACAGUAUGACAUUUUAAG